AAGCGGAAUACGUGGCGGUCAGCGAGCUCUGCGUUUUUCCACUCCUUGGACUUUUCCCAAUCAAAAAAAACGGAAAAAAAAAAAAAAACUGACCCUUCCUUCCUUAGCGUUCGUUACGUUAACUUUCCAAUCACGAAGAAGAAGAAGCAGCAUGGAGCUGUGGAACAAAGCUCGAAGCUUCGCGGAAGAGGCAGCAAAACGAUCUCAUGACCUGUCGUUUGGAGCUUCCAAGCUUUCCAAAGAAUUCGCCGCUCAAGCUUCCGAGCUAAGCGCCCAAGCCAUCAAGCGAGCCGAUCAGAUCAAGCUCCUCGCCCUCGCCGACUCCGCCACCGCAACCGCACCUUCUCCGCCCGACGAUCUCGACCUCGAAGCUUUCGGCAUCACCGACCAUCUCAGAGAAUUCGUCACCGGCAUCACCGUCACCACCUUCCGAGAUUUCCCUCUUCAAGAUGAUACUGAAUUGUCUGAUGUCCCUGCUGUUUCUAAUGUUAGGCAGGACCUAACCGAUUGGCAGGAGAAACAUGCCAAACUUGUUCUUUCUGCAGUCAAGGAAAUUUCAAGAUUGAGGUAUGAGCUGUGUCCACGUGUUAUGAAAGAGAGGAAGUUUUGGAGAAUAUACUUUAUACUUGUGAAUAAUCAUAUUGCACCCUAUGAGAAAAAGUACAUGGAAGAUGCUAAACUAAAAUCAUCUGAACAAGUAAAAGAUCAGACAGUGAUGGAACCAUUAGAAGUUGAAUUGACCUCUAAUCAAGAGGUGCAGGAAGUGAAAAAGGAGACUAAAACUAAAACUUCAACAACUGAGCAAGACUUGGAUGUAUUUCUUCUGGGAGAUGCAGGAGACAGUGACAAUGAUCAAGAUAAUGGCAAUGGGGGCUUGGAUGAUGAUUUAGACAACCUGGUGGAAAGUUCCGAUGAUGAGAAAUGAAAAUCAUAGAUGUUGCGUGAACUUGUAGGGUGACAUAUAAGUAAGUGGUUGCAACAUGGCCGAGGGAAUAUUCAUGAUCAAAUGUUGCUUGCUUUAUUAUUUGACAAGACACAAUUGCUGGCUGAGCUGUUCCACUUUUGCUUAAAUUUAUUAAUUUAUGCAUCCACCCUUUCAUUUCGUGUU